UUCAGCUAGCACUUUAGUUUUUGUUUUAAAGGUUUUUAUUUAAAAUGCACUUAGCACAUAUAAAAUAAAAUAUAGAUCUCGUAACUGGUUACACGUAUAACCAUUGCGUUGGUAAAGAGUUUAUGUAAUAGGUAGGAUAUAAAUAAUUCUUAAUAGAUUUAGUAACUAUGGCUCAAAGAGAGCGUCGCUCUAAUGCUGGGAAUCGUAUGUCAAAACUAUUAGAUGAAGAAGAAGAAGAUGAUUUCUAUAAGACAACUUAUGGGGGUUUUGAAGAAGCAGCUGAAGACCGAGACUAUGUGGAGGAACGAGAAGUAGAUGAUGUGGUUGAUUCAGAUUUUGAUAUUGAUGAGAAUGAUGAAGCUACUUCAGAUCAAGAAAUAGAAUCAAAAGAAAAGAAAAAAAGUAGUGGAAAGGUUUAUAAAGAUCCUAAUAAAGUUAAAAAGGGUGUAGAAAAGAAGAAACUUUUGCCUAAAAAGCCCAAAGAGCCAAGAGAACCAAAGUCUAAGGAUACAAACGAACUGGAUCAGAGCCUGAACACAUCCUUAGAAAGAAAAUCAAUUAGACAAAGUACAGCAGUGAAAUCUCUAGAGACACAACAAAGAAUUAAAAUAAGAUCAGAAUUAAAGAAAAAGAAACCAAAAAAAGCAGAAGAGAGAGUUUUGACACAAGAAGAAUUAUUGGAAGAAGCACUUAUUACAGAGAAGGAGAAUCUUAAGAGUUUAGAACGGUAUGAACAAAGUGAGUUGGAAAGAAAAAAAGUUAGGCCUGUGAAGAAAAGUAUAUCAGGUCCAGUUAUCAAAUAUCACUCAUUUGCAGUACCAUUGCCAAAAGAAGAUGGAAUAGACAAAGAAACACCUAUGGAGUUAAAUCUAAGUGACCUUAUCAAGAAUGAAGAGGCAAUUCUAAAUCAAGAUGUCGACAUGGGGCCGAAGAUUGAAAGCGAAGAAAGUGAAACAAAAGAACAACCCAAAGAGACAAUUGAAGUUGUUGGUCCAGAUGAAGAAAUCACUUUAAAUGACGAAAAGAAAACAGAAAACAAACCGAAGCCAAAGAACAACGUGACCUACUACGAGCGAACUCUGCUUUCAUUCGAAAAUGAUAUAAAGAAUGUUGCGUUCAACAAAUGUUUCCCGCAGAGCAAACCACGGCGGAAGAGAGAGAUGCUCUGUGCUGUCACCAAGCGUCCAGCUCGCUACAUAGAUCCCAUAACAAAGCUGCCGUACAGAAGCGUGGACGCGUUCCGCAUAAUCCGGGAAGCGUAUUACCAACAGCUGGAAGCGAGGGGCGAUCGCUCUCAUCCCUUAAUGGCUGACUGGCUUCAGUGGAGACGGGCGGAUACAGCAUCAACUUAUGUACAAAUUCAUAUUAAAUAAUUUUUUGCGAGAUUAUGAAUCUUUAAACGUAUACCAGUGGCUCUGUUUCUUUCAAUGAAGUUAACAAUUGCCGAAAUUCAACCCCAACCUGGGGUUUUUACAAUUGGACGAUGACAACAUGUGUUUUCUAAUGCUAAACAUAGAUGGCGUAAUUUGUAAUUUUGAAGUCGUUUUAGGUAAGGGAGCUUUCAAGUAUUACGUCACGCAAUUUUUGGAGAUUUACCCCCCACCCAUGAAACGCACCGUAAAACGUUUCGUGACCAACCCAAGUGACUCUUUACGCCUAUACCUUACCAUUAGGUGGUGUAAAGUACUGGAAAGUGGAAAAUAAUAUUGUCAAUAAAGCGUAAUUUCAAUUCCCUCUCCACAUCGUAACGUUUUACAAGAGGACCCCCCCCCCCAAAAUCAGUUACGUAAUACUUGAAUUACUAAGAAUAUCACUUUGUAAAUGAGCACGCUUAAUCUACUUAG